GGUGUCAUUGCUCAGGUAUCCAAAUUGCUGGUGCUUAGGUAGCAGUGUCAAAGUUCAGAUGAGAUGAUUCUCUCCAAAAAGCACUGAAUGGAGAGGAAAUAGAGGUGUAGAGUCACAGGGGAGACUUGAGAUGCAAGGCCACCUCCAUCUAGAUAAGAGCAUGGCCUAGGAAAUGGCAUAAGAAACAAGCUGGGUGUAGGUUUUACAGAUUUGGGAUCCUUGAAAUCUGUGUGUUAACGAAAAAAAUAUCAAGCCAAACUGUCCUAAUUUCAGGUAUUACCAUUCUAGUUAAGGUAGUUUGAGGCAUUGCCUACUGUGGACAGAUAGUCCUCAAAACAGCGCAGAAAUAGCUGCAUACUGAGAGCACUGAUCUUUACGCAUUUUUAUGGCAUUUCACUAUGAUCCAUAAAACAGUUACAUCAGGGCAUGGGUUCUUUGUUGCCUCUUCCCUUGUCCCUUGGCCAGGGGCUGUGGCUCUGCAGAGAAGCAUCUCCAGCAUAUCUGGUGCCAUGCACACCGCAAGGCUGCUGAUGUAUACCCAGCCAUAUGAGCUUCCCUAAAUUGUGGCUAUUGUAUAGAGAAAUUAUCUUCUCUGAAUAACAAUCUAUUCUGGAGUUCAAGCUGUUUACAUUUCUAGAAAGAGGUACUGGCAGUCUGUGAAGGAUGACCGUGUUCCUGAGCUCUACCUUAAGAGAAGCCACUUACAGCUCAGGUUACUCUAUAAGCAGCUGGAGUCGGUAGCAGCUCCUGUGUACACUGGCCUGCAGCCAAUCCAUUAUUUUCACAUAGAUCCCUAAACAGCACGGGAAAGUACCGUCCUUCAGUAGCAGCUCAAACAGGGUGCUUGCAGUGAUGACAGAGCCUCUCCCCGGUGGUUUCUCCAGAGCCAUGUGAGGCAAUUGUAAGAUUCUGUGUUUUUGCUGAAUGUUCAGGAGUCGCAAUACUCAGUACCAGGAAGGUGUGCUGGGGCCAAAUCAGGCACGAUGGAAUUUGCCAUGGGGAAACCCAGCGCUGAUGACAGUGGAACCCGCCCGCGUGUGAAUUCCCGUGGCUCCUGCCACCCCUUUAUAAGCAGGUGAAGGUGAGGCAGGGCUGGCAGAACAGGCAGGCAGCAGCCAAGCUCUCACUGGAGCACAGCUGUGAGUGUGAAGUGGGAAUGGCUGGCUUUAGCAGCAAGAGCAUGGUCCUGGUCUCCCUGAUGGGGCUCCUGGUGCUGCUCCUGUGUGGCACCUCCGAAGCAUACAGCAAUCAUGAUUGCUGCCUGUCUUACACCAAAGUGCGUCUGCCUCGGUGGGCCCUGAAGGGUUACACUGAACAGCUCGCCAGUGAAGUCUGCGAUAUCCCCGCAAUCAUUUUCCACACCAACAGUGGGCUGAAGGCCUGUGUAAAUCCUAAUGAAGGCUGGGUGAAGAAGCAUCUUCUUUUCCUCAGCCAUAAGCUCAAGAGGAUGUCAGCCUGAUAUGGUUUCCAGCAAGGAAAUAGACACAGACACGGCUGAAGAAUCACCAGGUUCAACCUCUUGGUUGAGAUUGUCUUGUACACUGUUGUGUGCUCACUCACCUCCAACUCAGGCUUCUUUGGAACUGUUGAACUUCUCUAGUUGAUUCAUAUUGCAUCUCUGGUUUGCUUGAAUUAAGCAUUUUGUUACAGUUUCUAUUUUUACUAAUAUGUGUACUAAUUUGGUAUGAUAUUAUUUAGUAAAGACUACCUUAAGCUGCUGUACAGAGUAUUAAGUUUAUUGCAUGUUGUUUUUGUUUUGUUCCACAUGUGUAAAGUGGCUUAUUUAUUCUAUUUAUUUUAUUACUGUCUUGUGCCAAAAUGUUUCCUUUUAGCUGUAGUUAGCAUUAUAAUACUUCUUUAGCUAUUGCUAAAGAAAGUCUGCCUGUGAAAAAAAAAUGGAAAUUGGAGUUUAAAACAAAAUAAAUGUUUAA